UAUCCUAUCACAAUACAACAUCACAGCCUUAUCGAGAGCUCUCGACGUAAAAGACUWGCACUUUCCUACAUGUUUACUAGUUGAAGUCUAUGCUUCUUGAAAUAUAUGAAAUGGAAACAAAUCCUUUCUCGAUUGAGAAUAUCCUAAAGAAAGAUACUCAAGCGCCUAGAUCACCUACAGCAAGCAGCGAARAUGAGUCUCAUGAGUCCCCAAAGGCGAAUGCUGCGCUAUCUUUAGCAGCAAAACUUGCAGAUGUGAUUCUCGAAGCCCGUAAGGAGAAGAGUAAAAGAGGCAGUCGGCGCACGCGCACUGCUUUCACACAUCAGCAACUCGCAGCACUUGAAAAAGUCUUCAAUAAAACACAUUACCCGGAUGUUGAAGUGAGAGAACAACUUGCUGCAACUACCACAUUACAAGAAGCAAGAAUACAGGUGUGGUUUAAAAACAGAAGAGCAAAAUUCCGCAAAGAUCAGAGAAGACAUAUUGCCUCRGAACGAGAGCACCGCAACAGUAUUGCAAGUGAAGACGACCUUACUUACAUAACACCCAUGUAUUACCAGGCCCCUCACGGACACAUGGCUCACACGCCUAUUCCACAUUACUGGACUCCCAACGUACACACUGAAUGGACCCCUGAAACUUCGAUGUUAUCGGUCAGCGGCACUUACUAUGGACAUCAUGCGCACGCACCGAUAAGUUCUACGCCUGUACCUACGAACACUAUACAUGUACCGGAAGUCAGUUACGGGAAUCUUGUCUUACAGCGUGCGCAUGCGCACAGAGAGGAAAUGUGGAACAGUUACCCAACAAUGUUUUGAAUCAGAUAAUUAUUAUAUCUCUCCUAGUUGUCAGYAUUUUCGAAUCGCUUAUGUUUGUUGUUUAACCGAUAAGUUUUCCAUUUGGUAUACAUUUGAUUCAUUUGAUAACAGGAUAGCCUUGUAACAACCGCGUACCGCCUCACUAACUCGCCCCAGUCUUCGCUUUUUUUCUCCCUAAUUCUUUAAAUCUGUGCUGACUCUCAAAGUGCUACUUGUGUCAAAGCACGAUCUCUGMGAAGCGGAACGAAAAAUAUACGUUUGUCGCGGCUGAACAGGACGCGGAGCUAAAAUCCGUGCUAGUAUUCUCCUCCCUUGGAUCGUUGUUCCUUUAAUCAAUCUGUGUGUAUCGCCGUGUAAAAUUAUUAAGUAUAAAUAUAUUUUAUCUUAUUAAGGAUAAUAUAGCAACGUCGAGCGUUGCUCAGUCUUAACUCAAAUACUGUGAGCUUGAUAAACGAAGGUAAACCACGAAAAAAAUAAUAAAAGCUAAAUAUCUUCAGGCUCUUUUUUCA